UGUUCCCAAACAAUUCCAAUUUCAAUUCCAAUUCCUAGAGCAGUAUACAAACCCUAGCCCACAAAAAAGUGAAAAAAAUUCUUAACUUGCAGACACUGAAAGCUUGAAGAUUGAGAUUGUAUUUAGGUUGAGAGAUUUGGAUUAGUGUAUUUAGGUUUUAUAGAUUUGAUCAAUAAAAUGGAGGAGAUUGCAGAGGGAGUGCACAACAUCACCAUCACCGAAGCAAAGGCGAAGAAUCGUAUUCAAGUCUCCAAUACCAAGAAGCCUCUCUUCUUCUAUGUCAAUCUCGCCAAGAGAUAUAUGCAGCAAUUCAAUGAGGUGGAGCUCUCAGCUCUUGGAAUGGCAAUUGCCACAGUUGUCACGGUUGCAGAGAUUUUGAAAAAUAAUGGGUUUGCUGUCGAGAAGAAAAUUAUGACAUCAACGGUGGACAUGAAGGAUGAAUCUAGGGGAAGACCAGUCCAAAAAGCCAAGAUUGAGAUCUUACUGGGGAAGACAGCAAAAUUUGAUGAGCUGAUGGCUGCUCAAGCAGAAGAGAGGGAGAGGGAGAGGGAGAGGGAGAGUGGAGAAUUGGAGGUCCAAAACUGAAAGAAGAAACGUUUGUUGCAUUCAAUGCAAUAGUGAUAAUUGUGUUCGCGCACGCAUGCUCGUGGUUGUCAGUUUCUGUAGUUGUGUUUUCUCUAAAUUUGUUGUCCUUCGAGUGGCAUUAAGACAGUUUUAGUAGCUUGCAGCUUUAAUUUUUUGAUUUUUAUUUGCUUAUGUAGAGAUACAUUCUCAGUUCUAAGUUUCAUUUUGUUUAGUAUCUAUUUCUUUGAAUUUGGUCAAGGAAUCACCUCUUCGAUAA